AGUAGAUCUGCGUGAACAUAUCGACUCCGAUGGAGGAAGCCGCACAAAGAUAAUCAUAAUUCUGGACAGACCUGGUAAAUUCCCCUUUGCAGCUGCCUGCAGAAAUAUAGGAAGGAGGAAGGAGUUUUACAGCAACAUACAUACAGAUCCUCUAAAGGCAAUACCAUCACUGGCUUCUGCUGCCGCUACAAAAUGCUGUUUACUCUCGGACUUCUCCUCCUUCUCACCCCAUUUCCCUCCUUUCAAACCAUGACCAAUGAGAAGGGAAACUCAACAGGAAGUGAUAUGACCAAACCGAAUGCUGUUUUAACCCCUUCAAAACCAAAAAGCACUUCAACUCCUGCCAAACAGACCAUUCGCCCCACCCUUAAACCAAUCACAGUCAAUCAGACACCUUUGCCCACUCCAACCACCAACCAAAAACCUCCAACAGUCAAUGCUACAGUUGCCACCAAAAGCAAAGUCAGCCCAGGAGUAAUUCAAACCGCAGUAGUAAAGAUCCACACAGCCAGUGGCACCAUCAACAAGGACAAGCACACAGUUGCAGUCAAUCAGACAGUGUUAACAAAAUCGCCUUCAGGUAGUGAAGUGAAGACUUAUAAAGACAAGCCUGUCUCCACUGGAGCUUCAAAUGUUCAUUCAGCAUCCACAAAGUCUGCCUCAGCCAGCAGUACUAAGACCACCAAAGACAAGCUCCAACCUUCUGUCAAUCAGACCAUUUCAGUAAAAUCUCCUUCAACCAGUGAUGGGAAGAUUGCCAAAGACAAGCCUGCCUCCCCCAUAAUUCAAAAUAUUCUGUCAACAUCCACUAAGUCUGCUCCUACCAGUGAUGCUACAACCACCAAAAACAAGCCUGUGGCCUCUGUCAAUCAGACUGUUGUAGUUAAAUCUCCCUCCACUAUUGAGGUGAAACACUCCAAAAACAAGACCUGUUGCCUCUGUCCUCUGUCAAUCAGACUGUUGUAG